AGAUUAGUACAGCUGUAGCUGGAAGAGGGCAAGCAUCGUUUUAAAUUGUGGAGAGAGAAAAAGCCCAACAAGAUGCUGUGGAGCCUGUUGUUCUUCUCUUUGAUUGCUUCCUUCAACACAGAAAGUAUACAACUGAGUGGGACCGAAACAUACCAGUCUUCAAUCUAUGAAGAAGGCAAUGAGAAAUACACUUCUGACAGAGCUAUUGAUGAGGAUGUAGAGAAAUGUGUUAACACCUUGAAACAGAUGAACAGCUGGUGGAGAAUUGAUCUGAUGGGUGUCUACAAAAUUAGUAGUAUUGAAAUCUUCAACAAAGACUCUGUUCAUAGUGAUAUAACCGGUGCUGAGAUCUACAUCGGGUACUCUCCUGAGUGCAACAGAGCUGCCAACCUCAAGUUUGAAACAAUUGAAAACUUCAACAUAUGCAAAUAGAAUACCUUUAUAGGUUAUGGAAAUGUGUAUGGACGCUACAUCACUGUGAUCUACCAGAACCUACAACCGAAGCCUUUAGUUCUGUGCGAAGUGAAAAUCAAUGGCACAAAAGAAGAAUCACCCUUUAUGCUGAUCCAAGAGAGUAAGACUUGGGAAGAAGCUCUCUCUUACUGCAGGGACGAGAACAUGGACCUGGCUUCCAUCCUUGACGCAAAAACCCAGACCAUGGUUGAGUUGGAGGCCAUGAACGCCACCACUGACUUUGUGUGGCUGGGCCUCGGCAACAUCUGCAUCCUUGAUUUCUGGUUCUGGGUCAAUGAUCACUGCUUAACAUUUGAAUAAAAAAAUUACAAAGAUACUUCAAGAAAACCACCUCACCGGGUCAAAAAAUACCCACUUAUGCAGCUAAGGGUUAAAUUAAAAGGAUUUUGUAUUUUCUCAUUAAAUAAUUCUUAUGUGGCCACAAAUAUUUGGUAUAACUUUAGUAGGGUAGGCCUACAACUUGUCUAUAUGCCGCCAUCAGUAUUUCUGUUGUUGAUUGAAUGACAUUUACACUUACAGUAUAUUAUUUCCUCUAAAUGCAUAUGUGUGAAAGUAAGCUACUGCCUAUAGGCCUACUUAUUGGUGGGUUCAGUUUUUUGGCUGGGCAUUAUGACGACACACUUGCCUUCAACAAUAAUAGUUUUUGGUAUUUGAGUUUCAGUUUAAUCAAUCUUGUGUUCAUGUUUGCUGCGUGUAACCCAUUUCAUUCGUCGCUCGGAACCUUUCUGCCCGGAACUAUUCAUCCUCGACGUUGUAUCCGUUGUGCACUUUACACUUAAGGACUGUAACCAUGAGGGCGUAAACAAACCUGCAUGAGUUUCAGAUAGACAUUUGUUUGUGUCGCGUUAAAUAUUAAUAGUAGGGAGUUAUUCGUGAUUUCCCGAUGGAGAUAUUUGGGAGCACGUUCGACGACUCUGUGUUUCUUCAGGCGAAGGACCGAGUCGCCGUGCCUCUGUCCCAUUACAACGCCAAACGCUGUGAACCAGAGUGGUUCUGUGAGAGUUCUGCUCUCUGUACAGAUGAUCCUUUGGAGAAGCAGAAGGUGUAUAAGUUCAGAGGAGACUUGGCUUUGAAACAAGGGAACUAUCAGAAAGCCUUGGAUGUAUACAGCAGCUGCCUGGAGCUGAACUCUGUCAACAACCUGACCAUCAGGAGAGAUGUGCUGGAGGGAAUGGCCCGAUGCUGCACCGAACUGGGACAGAGGGACCGGGCGCUGCACUUGACCGACCUGCUGAGCAAAGACGCGUCCAACACCUGUCACCUGAUCAGCAUCCUGCUGCUUAAGGUCAGGAUCUACCAGCAUUUUGGAGCCUUAGCAUCGAGUAUGUCCUGCCUGCAGCAGCUUUGCAGCCUGCUGCCCUUCAACCCCUGGCACUGGUUCAACCUGGGACAGAUGUGUCUGGAGCUGCUGGACAGCAACAGAACCUCAGGAUGUUGUUCUUUACAGAGUUGUGAACCAGCAGAGAAAACGCAGAAUGAUGGAGACAUUCAGGAGCAGGAGGAGGAGGAGGCAGCAGAGCUCGAUGGAGACAGAGUCUGGCUGAAAGCUUGCACCUGUUUCAUCAGGACAAGACUCCUGCUGAGAUUCCUCCGGCAGCAGCAGUCCUCCUUUGUGUUGCAGCGCACUGAAAGCACCCUACAGACGACAGAUGAGGUGCUGCAGAGGCUCAAUCCCAAAGAAACAACCCUGCAGACUCUCACUGAGGUGGUGUCAGAGGACCUGAUCCCAGACAAAAUGAGAGAGGACAGUCAGGACGGGGAGAGUCUGUCCAGUGUGUGUUUGCAGAGCUUCAAGGAGCGCUGGUGGAACAAGAUCUUACUGACUGGCGUGCUAGAAACAGACGGCCGUCCUCAGACACAGACGCACACAGAGAACUGAGGCCUGUUCGCUGACAGGAAGACCCUGUCCCUGUGUGUGGGAAAUCCAAAGUGAUCAAUCCACAUUAUUGAUAUCAUAACAAGACCCCACACAGUACAUUUUAAUGCUGACAAUCUCAGAAAUACCCCCCCAAUAAAGAGAAAUAUCUCAACUGUUUUGACUCACACACUUCCACAGAAUUGUAUUCAUUUUAUUCAAGCACAGAUACAGUAGAGUAUUUAAUAAAGCAGAUACAAAUAUCCACUUCAUACUGUGUGUGUUAUGAUUUAUGACAAGGAUUAUUUUCUGGACCACCAUCAAAGUGAUAUAUGAUUGAUACAAAUUGUAUUCGCGGAAAUGUCAUUCAUGCCUUAACAUUUUCAUAAAACUGAAAGUUUUAGGAUUAAAAAGAAAAGAAAAUGAACAAACAAUAACCAAGGUAAGACCGUGCGGUCAACAGAAAAGAUCAGGCUUUGUCAUCCACAAACCCCGGACAUAUAAUGUGCCAUAAAUACCAUAAACCACCCCCAUGUGAAAAUUAGCAGAAGUGGCAAACUGCAAAUGUGUGUGCUGUUAACAAUAAUGAUAAUAAGACAAUAAAUACGCAUUUUGGCUGCUACGCCCCUGCUUCCAGUCUUUAUGCUAAGCUAAAUGACAUCUGGAAAAAGCUUCCUAAUAUACUAUUUUGAAUAGAAUUUCAGAUGAAUAAAGUAUUUUUGUUGACCUGUA